AUGUUACUUCCGACAAUUCCGACGACUCCAACGACUCCAACGACUUUUCUUGCCAUAGGUUGUACUGGAUUUGGCAAAAGCACAAUAGGACAAUUGCUCUGUGAUGUAGAUACAGACGUCAAAGGUGUGGCUUCUUCGACCCUCUGUGAAGCAACUUUAUUUGAAAAUAAGGAUGGCUCCUUCCGAUAUAUUGAUACAGCAGGGCUUAACGAUUCUGGAGGGUUAACAGAUGAGGAUACAUUUCAUAAUAUCUUACGCCUCUUACAACAACAUAGCAAAGACAAUAUUUUUAAUAUUCACAAAAUCCUAUGGUUCUGCGCAGAGAGCGUACGAAAAACGGCAAAUUUGCAAAAAGAAGCGAAAUUUAUCCAACGGUUAUCUGACUAUAUCGAUAAAGAAAAUGAUAGAGCGAAGUUUUGGAAGAAUGUUCUAAUUGUCACUAAAGGAACUUUUCCUUUAGAAGACCUAAAUCAAGGACCGAUAUCAGCUGCAUAUGAUACAGUGAAAGAAUACAUGGACGACGAUUUUGAAAAUAUUUUCACGGUUGACCACUUUCCUUGUUGGAUCUUCGAUUUAAAACCCGGAGAUAAAAAAUUUUCUAAAAUGAAUCCAGAAGAUCGUAUCGAAAUGUUUAAUGCAUACAGUAAAGACGAGAUUAAAACCGCAUUGCAAAAGUAUGUCAACAACGACUCUAUAAUCAAAAUUAAGUUCAUAAAAACACGUUGCAAGAAAUGUGUCGAAACAGGGGACCCAAGACUUUUCAUUGAUAAAUGUCAUCCAUUAACACGAGAAAAAAGACACGAUAUAGAAAACGAGCAAUAUCAUCCAAAACCUGCCGAGUGGCAACACGUAGGUAAACGUAUUUAUAGACAUUGGAAUCAAGAUGAUGAAGUAAUCGAAAAACCCAAAGUUGAUUCAUCAACCGUUGGUGCGGCUACAAGUACGGUUGGUAGUUUAACUGCAGGAGCCUAUGCCCUUAAUAUAGCUGCUGCGGCACAACCAGGAAUCUUCUUCGGUGGUGGGGCCAUAGCAGGAACCAUUGCUCUACCUAUUGUUGCUGCAGUAGGUUUAGCGGCCGCUGGUGGUUACUUUGUACACGAAAAAAUAGCAGAGAAUUAUAAAUGUCAAUUGUGUAACAAGAAAUACACCGAGAAAGGAUGUAUUGAAGAAUGUGACCAAUGUAAUAAGAAAUGGGAUAAUGAGAAAGGUUGUAUUUUGAAACAUGCGUGUUGCAAUAAACCUGAAGAAGAAUCGGGGUGUAAUUGGCGUGAACGAUGUUUGAAUUGCGGGGAAACUGACCAAAAGCUGACCACAGAUGGUUGUAAGGAGUACUGUCAAAGAUGUGAGAAAGAAUGGGGUAAAUCGGAAGGAUGUGAAUCAAAUGUCCAGCACGAUAUUGAUAGUGAUAUUGAUGACUAA